AUGAUUGCAUCCAAACUCCAGAAAAGUGGUGAGGUGAGAAUCGGGCAAUCUCUACAUAUGAAAGAGGACAAGUUUGUAGUCGAAAGGAAAAAGACAGUUUUUCAAAGCCUGCAGAAACUCAAGAUACACUGCAGUAAGGAUGCGGUGCCAAACAUUGCAUUACUGGGUUCUGGAGGAGGACAAAGAGCCAUGGUGGCUUUGCUGGGAUCUCUGGUUCAACUUGAUAAAGCGGGUCUUCUAGACUGCAUCCUUUAUCUGAGCGGAGUCUCGGGAUCCACCUGGUGCAUGGCCUCCUUAUACAAAGAACCAAACUGGUCCACCAAACUAGACACCGUGAAAAACAAAAUCAUUGAGAGACUCAACGGACCUGCAGUCAGCUGGGGAGACGCAUUCGACAAACUAAAGGAAUAUUACAGGAAACACAUCUUCAGCUUGACUGACAUCUGGGCAGUGAUGGUUGUCACUGAAUUUGUGAAAGAGAUUGACAAACACACACUCACAGAUCAGUGGGACCAUCUAAGUAAAGAUCCGUUUCCCAUCUACACAGUGAUCGACAAGCACUGCAAACAGCAAGGAGAUGGAGACCCCUGGUUUGAGAUCAGUCCUCAUGAAGCAGGUUAUUCCCUCACUGGAGCGUUUGUGGGAACAUCCCACUUCGGCAGCCAGUUUCACAAAGGCUCAAAGAAAAAACACCAGCCUGAAAUGGACAUGCUGUACCUGCAAGCUCUGUGUGGCAGCGCUUUAGCUGAUGAAGAGGAGAUUAAGAAAUUCCUCUGGGAAAAAAUAAAAGACCCACUUGCAGAAAAGUUUUACCAGGUGCUCAUUGAUCUUGUGGACGCAAAUCUCUUUGUUUUGAAUGGCAACAAUCCUUCUGAUCUUGAUCAAUCCCUCGGAGCAACACUGAACGACCUCAGUGGAGGCAAGCAUCGGCUGAUGUUUCCUACAGAAAAACUGAAUCUCGCUGAUAAGCAAGAUGCAAAACAUUAUUUGAAUCAACACACUGAAGAUGUGUUUAAUAAUUUGAGUCAUCUAAACAGUUUCUGGCCUGAUCUAAAGAUGUGGAAAUGCAUUUUUGAAUGCAUAAAUCACUGGACCUGGGGCAGGAAUUAUAACUUUCUCCACAACAUGAAUGAUAAAACAGUGCCUUCUGAUCUUCUGGAAAGUGAGAAAAGAGACUAUGAAGAUGCAGGACUGUUGCUGAACUCACCCUACUUCUCAGUGCUGAGAGAAGAAAGAAACAUUGACCUCAUAAUUUCCCUGGAUUUCAGUGAAGGCGAUCCUUUCAUGACAGUGAGAGAAGCUGCUGAGAUGUGCAAGAAACUAAAAAUCCCUUUCCCUGAAGUCAACAUUCCCAAUGAAGAUGUGAAGAAACCAAAGGACUUCUAUGUGUUCAAAGGCCAAAACACUCCAACCGUGAUUCACAUCCCUCUGUUUAAUGUGGUCAACUGUGGAGGUGAAAUUGAGACCUGGAGGAACAAAUAUGGCACAUUUCAAAAUCCUUACAACGCUAAGAUGAUUAGCGAUCUUAUGAAGGUCGCUGGCAAAAACAUCUCAAACAACAGAGAGAAACUGCUGGAGCAGAUUGCUGCCGCUGUUGGGCGAAAAAGGAGAUGA